AUGUCCGCUCCACUUAUGAUGAUUAUCAAUCUCCUUAGAGACCCCGAAGUCUCCAACAAGGUAAUCUUGCAGUUUGCUUUUAGACAGAUCAAGGCAAUUGGGUACUUGAAGGUGCUCUCCUUGUUACUCGGAGCAACCAUGGUGGGUGUUUCCUCGGUGAUCAAGAUUCCCCAGAUUCGAAAGAUUUUAAAACCUAAGACCAUGCUUGCGAGGUCCAAGUUGGCCAAGGGACUCAGUGAGGAGUCUGUUUCAUUGGAGACAGCGGCCCAAUGGAUCCAUGUCACCUACAACAAGCAGCAGAGGAACAGUUUUGUCAACUACGGCGAGCUGUUCUUGUUGGGUAUCCAGAACAUUGCCAUUCUCUUGAUUCUCAAAUACUACAAGUUGAGAAGAGAGCUCGCGGCAGCCACGACCUUGAGCGAGAAGGACCAGAUCCGUGAGUGCUUCAAGGCGUUGGUCAAGCCAGCUGCUGCCAUUGUUGCGGUGUUGGUGUUUUUGACCAAGAUUUGCCCUCCACAGCUCAUUGCUACGUUGCAGAUCUUGAACAUCCCAAUUGGCAUUUUGGCCAAGAUCCCUCAGAUCAGAAAAAACCAGGCGUUGAAGAGCACGGCCCAUUUGUCUGAGGUGACGAUUUUCGCCAACGUGAUUGGCUCUUUUAUCCGUGUGUUCACCACGGUGACCAACUUCAAGAAGGGCCGCUCUAGAGACUCUGUGUUGCUUGCCGGGUACCUGGCGUCGCUUGCCUUGAACGCAAUUCUUGCGGGUCAAAUAAUUCACUACGGCAAGAAGGACGAGGAGAAGAAGAAUGAAUAA